GCCGUUUAAACUUCAAAAAAACGCACUCUCUCUCUCUCUCUGUCUCUCUCACACACACUACACACACUGUGCUCUCAGUUCCUCAUGGAUCGUCAUCAAGCCUGAUCUUCAUCUUCCCCAUUUGAAGCCUCUCUCUCUCUCUCUCUCUCUCUCUCUCUCUCUCUAUUUAUGAAUCAGAGAUGCCUCUGAGAUCUGUCAAUGGAUGGGGAGGCUAACCUUCCGGCCCCACCUGCGCCAUCGUCGACCAAGAACAACUUCUUCCGUCCGACCAACCCAGACUCCAAUCUCACACGUUCAUUCACCUCCACUUCAUCGUCUUCCUCAUCUUCCUUCUCAUCGUCUUCUCCAGGCUUCAUCCGGGAUGUUCGAGCUGCCUUCAAGCGCCAUCGCCCUCUCGGUACAAUGCAGUCUAACAAUAUAAGGCCAAGGCGUAUAUUGGUCCCCCCUCAACAAGAAACAUCAAAAAAUUUAGCGUCAAAUGUGGUUUCUAAAAUGGAAACUGAGAAGCCCCAGAAUGAGAAUUCACUGAGUCACAGGGUGAGGGAUUCCAUUGCGUUGGCGAAAGGCAUGGUCCCCUUUGUUAGAGAAACUCAAGAGGAUGCAUUGAUCUGCCCACCCUCCAUUUCAGGCACCAUUGCGAAUACAUAUGAAGAGAGUUCUAAACCCUUUGAUGUUGAUAUUGAUCAGUCCAGGCCCUCCACUGAUUGUAAAAACAACGAUACAGUGUCUUCAUCACUUGUAGAGUCUCAACGCCUUCCGUUGGUUGAUAGUCAGAAGAAGGUGCAGUUUGCAUUGGGAAACAAUGCGAGGCCUCAGGGGGCCGAUGACCGAAUGGCCACCAGAAUGGACAACUUAUUGUCUCAUAUGGAUUCACUUGCAUUGACAGAAACAGAACGGGAUGUGAGCAAUCAAGUAGAGACUUCGACUGCUAUCAGUCAUCAUGACUUGAAGCACCAGAAUUUUCAAAGCAUGGAAGUGGAUUUUAGUUUGAGGUCUGAUGGUGGGAUUUCUUCUUUGUUGGAAAAAAGAACAAUGGGAGUUCAGGAUCAGCUGCAUGAAUUCAGAAACUUUUUGCAGAGUGACCCAAACUACAACAUGACUCAAUCUUCAGUUGUUGGGUCAUCUUGUGCUACCACAACGUUAAUCAAUUCAGCUUCUGUUCCCCUGCCAAAUUCAAUGACCUACUGUUCUCGUCCUGUACAAAAUAGUGGUUCUCAUGUGGCUGUAGAGUCUUUGGGAGAUUGUGAUGUGAAUUUUCAACCCAGGACCCAAGGAGACAUGGUUGUUGGAUCGUCUUGUGCUACCACAAUGUUACUCAAUUCAUCAUCUGUUCCCCUGCCAAAUUCAAUGACCUACUGUUCUCGUCCUGUGCAAAAUAGUGGUUCUCAUGUGGCUGUAGAGUCUUUGGGAGAUUGUAAUUUGAAAUUUCAACCCAUGACCCAAGGAGACAUUGUGCAACCAUCAUAUCUUUCACCGAAGUAUACCAGUGGAACACUGGCUGACCAGACAGCCAUUGCACCCCAACCUACCAACUCUGCUGUUGAAACACAGCUGGAAGUUAAGGAUUUUAAAUUGUGUGACGAGCAGCAAAGCAGUGUGCCGAAGGAGAGUGCCAUUCCGAAAGAUACUUCCUGUCCUGAUGACAAAUCAACUAAGGUAGGCGAUGAUACUGAUAUACAACAUCAGGCUCUGUCAUCAAAUAAACCAUCGUUGGAUGUGAAGUCAGAAUCUUGUAGAUCAGGAAAACAGGAAAAAUCUGUAAGUGGGAAAGCAGCGCCAGCUCCUCGUAAAAGAAAUUAUGAUCCUGACUUGUUUUUUAAAGUUAACGGGAAGCUUUAUCAAAGGCUAGGUAAGAUAGGUAGCGGUGGGAGUAGUGAAGUCCACAAAGUUAUUUCAUCAGAUUGCAAAAUUUAUGCCCUGAAGAAAAUAAAGCUUAAAGGUCGCGAUUAUGCUACUGCAUAUGGAUUCUGUCAGGAGAUUAUGUAUCUGAACAAGCUGAAGGGGAAAAACAACAUUAUUCAACUCAUUGAUUAUGAGGUGACAGAUAAGACUUUGCUUCAGGAAGUUUUGAAUGGUUCCAUGAAUAAUAAGGAUGGCAGAGUCAAGGAAGAUGGAUAUAUAUACAUGGUACUUGAAUAUGGUGAAAUUGAUUUGGCGCACAUGUUGUCCCAAAAAUGGAAGGAGAUGGAUGACUCUAGUUUGACCAUAGAUGAAAACUGGCUUCGGUUUUACUGGCAGCAAAUACUUCAAGCUGUUAACACCAUACACGAGGAACGUAUUGUGCACUCAGACCUGAAGCCAGCUAAUUUUCUUCUUGUAAGAGGUUCACUAAAGCUUAUCGACUUUGGUAUUGCUAAAGCCAUAAUGAGUGACACAACAAACAUUCAACGGGAUUCUCAGGUGGGUACAUUGAGUUACAUGUCCCCUGAAGCGUUCAUGUGCAACGAGACAGAUGUGAAUGGAAAAACCAUAAAGUGUGGUCGUCCAUCUGAUAUCUGGUCGCUUGGUUGCAUCCUUUACCAAAUGGUAUAUGGAAGAACACCUUUUUCAGAAUACAAGACUUUCUGGGCAAAGUUCAAAGUUAUAACAGAUCCAAAUCAUGAAAUUACGUACGAACCAGUUUCCAAUCCAUGGCUUCUUGAUCUUAUGAAGAAGUGUCUAGCAUGGGACCGGAAAGAAAGAUGGAGAAUUCCUGAGCUUCUUCAACACCCUUUUCUGGUUCCUCCAGUCCCGCCCCCUCAAGCUUCUCCUCAAGACCAAAGCUGUAAACUGCUUCAAUUAAUCACUGAAUCUUGUACAAAUGACCAGAAAGCUAUGAUGUUCUGUUCUCAACUCCAACAACUACUACGGGGCCCAAGACCAGCAAUAACAUCUCAGGUAACAUUAUCACGAGAUCAACAAUGUAAGUUGCUCUCCGAAAUGUCAAACCUUUGCUUUCAACUCCAAGAACAUCUGGCAAACUCAAAAAGAGAUUAGAUAAAUAGAACUUGCCAACUUUGGCAAGUCAAUUUUCUUAGGCCUGGAAGGAUUUGUUGCUGGAGAAUUUCUCGCUCGGUGAGCAUCUUCCAUUCCAUUUAUAGUGUUUCUUGUAACCAUUUCUGCUGAUUUAUCAUGUUAUUUGAGGAAGAAUAUAGACUGUGUGGAGUUGUUGGGGGCAUUUAUCUGGCAUGUCUUGUGUCCCUUGGAGCAUAGUGUUCCUGUAAUUUUCUGAAUUGUUAGGGACUAUGCAGUCCCCGGACAAUGUAAUCUUUCACAGAAAGGAAUUUGGCUUGUACUGAAUGCAUGUAUAAAGUAACAAUGUUUUGAUUCUUUUACAA